AUGCAGUACGACAGAUUCCACCGAAAGCUUAGUGUUUGGGAGGGCAUUCACGCUAAGGAGCUUCAAGAGCAAGUCGCGCAGAAGGAGCAAUCCCUCAAAGAAGCGGAGGAGUCAAAAGCCCUUCUGACCUCGCAGUUGGCAGAAGCGACGGAAGCCAACGAGUCCUCCAAAUCAGCCAAGCUGGCUGUUGAGAAGGAAGUGGAGGAGUUGAAGGAAGCUGGGAAGCUACUGCAGGAACAGCUCCAAGAAGCGCAAGAGACCUCGAAGCGCUUCGAGGGCGAGCUGACAGCUUCCAAAGAGUCCCUCGAUGCUUUGGAGACGAAGCUCAAGGACUCCCAGGACAUCAAGGCCCAAGAGGAAGCAGCUGCCACCAAGGCAGAGCUGGAGACCACAAAGGAGGCGCUGGCUGCCUCGGAGGUGAAGUUGCAGGAGGCCCUGUCCAAAGAGGAGACGGCUGAAGCAAAGGCAAAGGAGCUGGAGAGCCGAUUUGAGGCCGAGCUUCAAGCAUCGAAGCAAGCGACGGCCGACUUGGAGGUGCAGCUGCAGGAGACGAAAGAGAAAGAGAGUGCUGCGACGGUGAAGGCACAAGAGCUUCAAAGCCAGCUCGAGGACAGCCGCAGCACUGCGGCCGCUCUGGAGACGAGGGUGGGCGAAGCUUCGGCUGCUGCCGAAGCCACGGAAGCCCAGCUCCGCUCAGCCAAGGAGGAGGUAGCAUCCCUUCAGUCGGACGUCGAGGUCUACAGGCAAAAAGGCGACGCCGCCUCCCUGCAGCUGGCAGCUGCCCAGGAGCGCUGCAACGCGUUCGAGGUGAGCAAAACGGAGAAGGAGAAAGCUGUUGAGGCCCUGGGUGCUUUCUCUUCAGAUAGGUGUUCAAAUGCAGUGCAAGAACACAACCAGUGUUUCUCCGGAGAGCAUUUUGUUCAAGCCUUGUCUAGCUUAGCGCCCAAGUCAUUUUGUGAACUUCUCGUCAUGCGGGCCAUGUGGAGUUGGUUGCUGUGCCUUGCAGCCGUAGUGGCUUUGCGGCCCGAGCAUGAGAUUCACGUGCACGGAACCGGGAUGGAGGCUCACGAUGCUGGGCACAAGGAAAAGACAGCAGAUGCCGACCAUGCCGACCAGGGAUUUCCCACUCCACGUUGCAUGGUGGCGAAUCGAGCUGACGCGAAAACCGCCUCGAAAUGGACAUCCUGCAAGGGCAAAGACGAAGCGAAAUGCAAGUCAAGAGGCACCUGCAAGUGGUGCACUUCGUGGUGUGGCAAGGACGAAGUAUGA